AUGGCUAGACUAGUGCACGUGUACAGCCAAACCACACGCGUUUCAGGGGUGUUCUGCGAGAGGAAAGAACGCUUCGUGAUCAGCGACGACUGGGCGACGAUCAAGCCGGCGUCCACCAGCACCGUGUUGUCCCUUCUUCACCGGGCUCUCGGCGGCACGACCGUCAAAGACGGCGGCUAUGAGGAGCUGGACGUGGACGUCGGAUGGGCAGAGGUUGUUUCCCUGCUCAAGACCUGCAACUCGUCAACCACCAUAUUCACCGACGCGCUCCUUCUCGCGAAAGAUCGAGGUGCUGUUCGUCGUCCUCCAGCUCUGACGAAAAGAUCCACAUUGCCAUUGCGCACGACCCACAAGCGGCGCCGCGACGACGACGGUCAUCCAGGCUCUGACUCCAUGGCUGCACAGAUCGGCCUGAAGCUUUUCUUCGACAGGCAGGAGAAGAAGGUCCUGUACGCGGAGUGCAGCCACCAGUUCGUGGACCUGCUGCUCAGCUUCCUCACAUACCCUCUGGGCUGCGUCCUCAAGAACUUGGCCGGCACCUCUCAUCUCUACGGCAGCUUCAACAAUCUCUACAGCAAUGCCGCAGGUCUCCUGUCUUCGUCGUCGUUGUCGUCGUCGAUGCUGCUGGAUCCUAGCAUUGCACCUUUCAAGAACCCCGGUGAUGGCGGUUCCGAAAAGGCGGUCGCGGCAUGGCAUCAUCUGUGCCGGACUCCGGCAGGCAGUUGUUCGUGUCCAUUGGGCGAAAGAUCGUGCCGUUGGUGUGACCGGGGGUUCGUUGACGAUUACACCUACGUGGUCGACGACGAUCUGUCCAUACAUCAAGCUUCCGCGGCGUCGGUGCUGAGGCACUGGUGCAACAGAGACGCCGGUCAAGUGGCCGAGGUGGACAUUAUCGCCAUCAGCAAACAAGAGGCUGUUGCGCUGCUGCUAGCGGCGGUCAAUUCGAAGACUGCGCUGACUGAUGUGUUCAAGGGGAGGCUGCUGGAUCAGCUCCAGCGCAGGCGGAUGCAGAUCUUUGUGAAAAUCCUGACAGGGGAGACCAUAACGCUUGACGUGGAGAGCUCCGACACGAUCGCUGCCGUCAGGAGAAAGAUCCAGGCCAAGGGGAAGUUCAUUGAGUCUCGGGGGUUGGUCUACUGUGGCAAAUUACUGCAGGAUCCAUGGACAUUGGCUGAUUGUGGCAUUCACAGGGAGGCCACGAUCCACGCUGAGUUUUAA